AUGCGUCUCCUUCUCGCCUAUCAAAAUCUCAUUCCACAAUAUGGAAAUGGACGAAUGGGGGUGGAAAAGCGCUGGAAAGGCUUGGGCAAAGGAAGACGAUCGGCUGAAGGGCAACGAGAUAUUAUCCCACAAUUGAGUGACGUCAGCGAUACGGAUGUUGGCUGUGCUGGCGCAACUCUUGGCUUGAUGCAAUACUCGAAUGGACGUGUGUUCGUUGAUGUUCUCUAUCCAGAUCAAGCUGCAAAGGAUGUCAUUCGAUCAACGGCUGGUGGAUUGAUCUCGAAUGUUUUGAACGCUUUCCAAGGAAUGUUGGAUGGUUUAGAUUGGAUGGACAACGACAGUAAGAAAGGAGCUUAUGACAAAGUUCUAAGCAUACAAAAGAACGUGGCCUUCCCGGAUUGGAUCACUGAUAAUGGGAAACUCGACGAUUUCUACAAGAACUUGAUGCUCACUGGAGAUGACACGUAUUACACGAUUCUCGACAAGUUGACUGUCUUCAAUCUCUGGACACAGUACAAUCAACUCACUGCCACGUCGACCGAUCGAACCGACUUCCUGGGACAACCGGGAAUUGUUAAUGCCUGGUACCAGCCCGAGCUGAACAGCAUCACUUUCCCCGCCGGUAUCCUCCCGUCCUCCUUUCUUCCAUCCAGAAUGGCCAGCGUCCUUGAAUUACGGUGGAAUGGGUCUUGUGGCUGGACACGAGUUGACACACGGAUU